GCAGCGGCGAGUAGCUGCAGCAGCAGCCAGCAGCCAGCCAGCAGCAUGCUACAACGGUCAGGGCUUCUCUGAGACUCUUUCUCACCUACCAUACAUCUUGAAACUGGACACCUUGCUACACCUCGUUACUAUCUCAAUACUUUCUCUAUACUCUCUCGCGAGAUCACGAUGGCCUCCAAUAUAGCCCACGUCCCGACACUCGCUUUCGAUGGCAACAGCAUGCCAGCGAGUAGGCCUGAGAGUCCGACCUCGCUCCCCACUCCUUCGGACUUGACGCGACGACUCAAUCUCAUCAGUAACGGAUUGGCCAAAUACAAUCGAUUGACAUGGAAAGGACUCAUUGGAUUCUUCACCUUUGUCGAUGUCUCCCUCGCUGUCUUUGCGGUCAUCCUUGGUGCCUUGACGGCCGUUCUGGUGGAAGGGCAUCCGAAAGCUGCUAAAUGGGUCGCCGUGGUCAAUACCCUCAUCUCAGCCAUGAUCGCAUUGUUGAAGGGCACCGGCAUUCCAACCUCUCUCAUUGCGCUCAACACACGAGCCAGCGCGCUACGAUACCGUAUCGACGACCUGGAAGCGCAGUGUGAUCCCACCCAUGAGUCCGCCGCGACCCAUCAAGCUCACGUCAAAUUGUUCAUGGGUAUCCAGAAGGAUUAUCAAAAGUUGGGAACCGAUCUCGGAGAUGCUUGGAAACAGAUUUUAUCGGGCCUCGGCCCCAAACCCGAUGGAGAAGCCCCUGAACCUGUCAACACACAUAGCGAUCCAAAGCCUCACAAGUCUAAGAAUGAAAGCCCGGCGCAUCCUCAAACCGAACCGGCGACUCAUCACGUGCCUGUCGCUCCUGUCCACAAUCACGCUGCUGCUCACCCCGUUCAUCAUAACGACGACCCCAUUGAUGAAAAGGAGGCACCCCACACGCAGUAAACUAAGGGGCAUCGUGAACGCAUCCGACAUGUACGGAGAGACCCUCUCGGAGCGUAAGGAAGCAUAAGCACUCAAUUCGUGGAAGAGCAUAUGCUGGUGGUGCCUGUUUCUUAGUUUUGGGCUCGUGUUCUAACGGUCUAUAGUAGCUUGAGUAAAGGUUGUCCUUGGUAUGGCUUCGUAUCAUGGUGUAUACAUAUUCCGAUGCCACAUGGGACUCUCGCAUCGCCA